CGUCUGAGGAAGUGUGGGGAAAGAUCCCAAAUUAAAGACUGUCUGACCGGUCGGGCUGUUCAGUGAAGAAACGGAUGAAAUGUGAGGAACCUGUGCAAGAAAACGCGCUAUUUUAUUUGACGUUUCUUGUACAUUUUAAGGGCUUUUUACGUGGUUUUAGGGAUCUUUGUAGUUUCUUGUGAGAAGUUGUGCGCGGCUGCUCAAGCAGCGCUAGCUAGCCUCAACACAAGUGUUGAAUCAGGGAAAUAGCACGCAGUGAGCAAUUCAACCAACUUGUCUCCUACAAAAAGAACACCGCUGCUUUUGUAUUGUAAUUUACACGUUCACGUGCUCAUUGUUUACUGUUCUCUGCGAGUACUGUGACGUUACCCUCCAGCUUGUCUUGUGAUGGCGUGGAAUUGCUUCUUGUAUGUACACUUCUUGUAAGUACUAACAGUUGUACAGGGAAAACACGGAUGCUGCUCUUCCUACACUUUCAAAGGCAUCACAAGGAAGCAGAGGAUGACAAACGCUGUUUAACAGUCACUCGAAAAACAUCAGUUCAUUCCCACUGAAGCAGCUUGAAAACAUGGAAGAUGAAGUGUUUGAGCAGAUUAUGUCCGUGUUUAACACGCUGGUGUCGUGGAUCGCUGCUGGUGCCAUGGUUUUCGGUGGGGUGGUGCCCUACAUCCCCCAGUACAGAGACAUCCGCCGGACCCAGAACGCAGAGGGCUUCUCAAUUUAUGUGUGCCUGGUCCUGUUGGUGGCAAACAUCCUGCGAAUACUCUUCAGAUUUGGCCACUACUUCGAGACGCUUCUGCUGUGGCAGAGCAUCAUCAUGAUCUGCACGAUGCUCAUCAUGCUGAACCUGUGCACCAACGUCCGCAUGGCCACAGAGCUCAACACGAAGAGACGCUCCUUCAUAGCAACAGACAUUAAGGACGAGGAGGUCAGAAUCCCUAAGAGGCUCUUUCUGGACUUUGACUGGAACUACUUUUGGUCAUGGAGUUGCUUCGUGGACUACGUGCAGUGCGUGGUGGCCUUCACACUGACGGCGGCCUACAUCACCUACCUCCUCCUGGACUCUGCGCUGUUUGUAGAAUCCCUGGGCUUCCUGGCUGUAUUCACUGAAGCAAUGCUUGGCACACCACAGCUCUACUGCAACUAUCAGAACAAGUCCACCGAGGGCAUGAGUAUCAAGAUGGUGCUGAUGUGGACCAGCGGAGACACCUUUAAAACAGGCUACUUCCUGCUCACACAGGCUCCCGUGCAGUUCUGGACAUGUGGCCUGCUGCAGGUCUUUGUGGACAUCACCAUCCUGUUCCAGGUUUACUACUACAGCCGCUACCCGCAGAAGCCAGUGUCCCACACUGUCUCCCACACCACCAGUGCCAAAGCCCUCUGAGAGCAUCCAUAAAGUCUCGAAUGACACUCCAAACAAGAAGAAUGGACGCACUUUGAGAGGCGCUGAGGGAAUUAAUAAACAUACUCGAGUACCAAAGCACCUCGACAACAUGCAGACCCCUCAGACUCACUCACUGCUGCACAUUCACACACACACACACAGAUGUGGCAUCAGUAUAUUCUAGAGUGACACUUGUUACACACAAAAGCAGCUUUUUUGUUUUGUAUUAUACAUUUUGAUGCAGUGAAAUGCAUAGAUCUUGGAAUGCAGACUUCUUAAGAAAUAUCAGUCUGUGCAUGAAAGGAAUAUUAUAUGCACAUGUUAGAUGAACAUGUACCAUGUGCAAACCGUAUACACUGAAAUCUGCGCUCAAGGAGUGUGGACCAACUUUUGUUGUCCACAUAUUCUGAUGAAUGUUGCAUGGACCCUUUGCCUUAACACACACCCCCAAACAUGGUUUUCUGCAUUGCCAGUAAUAUCUGUGUUAUAAAUCAAUCAUAAAAUCUCAAUAUAAAACAUUACUGAAUGUAAAAAAUAUAUAAAAAUGGCAUUUGUUGUAAUAGUUUUUCAGCAAAGUGGAGAAAUGUUGGUCAGGUUACAGCUUGUUUGCUGAAUUUCGUGUUCAUGUGCUGUGACAUUCAGUGUUGUUGAAUAAGGAUUAGAAUCAAGGAGGCAAUCAAAUCUUGCCAGAGAUGUAAUGCGCUGACCUCAGAAAAAGAAAAAAGGAGACAAUGCUGGUCAGAAACUGACGUGGCCUUGAAACUUGCAGAGAGAGGAGAAAAUCAAGCUUUGUAAGACAAUUCUGACUUUUUGUACUGAACAUGGCAUUUUUCUAUAUAAUUGCAAUUUUCAUGCCACUAAUUCCACAAUAUGAAGCAAGGACAAGAAUGCAACCUUGCUACACCUGAGGUUCUAUGUGCCCACUCCAUAUCGAUGGAGUGGUCCCCGCUGAGUUGUGCAAUCAGAGACUGAGCUGUUAUGAAAGCACAACAUGGACACGUGCUUGUUUUGUAGGUUUACAAUUCCAGCUAUUGUCUGUACAUCCAUUUCAGUUGGGCGGCUAGUUGUCAAAUAUGAGCUGUUAACCCAGAGAAAGAUUUACUUUACAUUAGUUCUCAAUAGAUAUGUAGGAGCAAGACAGCAUUGAUAUGACAGGAUCCUAAAGGAAUUGAUUUGGUUAUGCAACCUCUGGUUUAUUAGAAGUUUAUGCUGCAUUCAGCAGUACUGGCAGAAUGUUGUUAAUCUUAACCUGGAAGGGUUUAUGAAUUAUUCUAAAUUAUCUGAGAUGGCCUUACAGCUAACUCAUUACACAGCUACACUACAAAGCACAUCAAUAGACCCUGACUGAAAUAGUGCUGGCAUCUCUGUCCUGCUGUAUGAAGAUGAAGUCCACGGUCCAGUCAAAAAUAAUAAACUUGCCCGAUUAUCUCAGAGCCUCCAAUGCAGCCGGCAGGACACAGCGUAAUCACAUUCAUUCAUGUUGUCAUAGAUACAGGCAAGUUACUGGACCAGUUCUGAUCUAAACAUGCAAUUUCUGGAAAUAUGAAAGGGUUUUAUUGCCUUGUUUUAGCAGGUGUAUCUAUAUAUAAAAAAAAAAGUUUCAAUUCAUCAUUUUCCCAUAAUUAGCACAGCCUGUAUACGAAGAUGGAGAACAUAUUUGUUUUUCUCUGUACAACAGUCCAUCUCUCUCGCUCUCUCUCUCUCUCUCUCUCUCUCUCUCUCUCUCUCUCUCUCUCUCUCUCUACAUAUAUAUGUGUAUAUAUAUAUAUGUAUAUAUAUAUACAUAUAUAUAUAUAUAUAAAAGCUGGGUCAUCUUGUUCCAUCUUGCUUCUAAACAUCUUCAUUCCCCCCGUCACAGCAAAGAAAUAACUGAUGUCUCGAACUUGUUAUGCUGUGCACGCCUUAAAUAUGUUAAAAAUAUUAAUUCAAUCACAUAAAUUAGUUUCCAAUUAGCUUCAGUUUUUACUGGAUUUAAUGCAGUAUAUUGCUAAACAACUGUAUUUCUGGUUUUAAAAAUAGUGCACCAAAACUGAUGUAGCUUAGGCUAACUUGAAGGUGGCGUUAAAUAGAAUAUAGCUAACUAGCUAGCCAGCCAUAUAUCAUCUGUUUUUACUUUAUGGUUGUGUUUCCAGCAUGAUAGCUGUAUAAAGCUUCUCCUUUAGGUUAGCUCAAACUACAUUAGAUUUGAGUAUAUAUUUGCAGUAUAUAGCAAAACUAUUUAUUUGGUCUGAAACUACAACAAGCUAAAGUUUGGCUAAUGUCCUCUCUGCUAACACUUAGGGGUUCGGUUUAAAUAGCUUCUACUUGUUCUUUAAGUGAACAGUUUUCCAUCAUGUUGUCCAUCUUUAUACAGCAGCCACUUUCAAAAAUGUUAUUGAUAACAAAAUUAUUGAUAGAAAUGAGGACCAAAGCUCAAGCUGUUAUCAUGAUUUAUCAACACUUGCCAAAAUUCUCAGUAUAAGAAGCAGUAUAUGUUUACUCAUGUUAUAUGGGCCAGUUUAUUAUUUAUUUCCAGUUCAUCCUUUAAUAUCCUCAGGUUGUUCUUAUCUUCGUUUGUCAUAAGAAAACAAUUUCCUCUUUAUAGGAAGAUGAAGCAGCACAACAGUGUAGAUUUUUUUUUUGUUUGUUUUGUUUUUUUUGCUGUUUUGUAAUUUUUCUCUUGGGUGAGGAAAAAUGCCAAACCAGAAGGUGUAUGACUGUCAGCCCUUCAGUGAACUGUGUAUCAGAGCAGAUCUGAUUCUGUCCUUUUCGAAGUCUCAAGAAGUAUAAACUUCCUUUUUGUUCACCAGACAGACAGGACAGGGCAGUUUGCUUGUGUGUGUCUAUAUAUAUAUAUGCAUAUAUAUAUAUAUAUAUAUAUAUGUAUAUAUAUUUUAAUACAUUUUGGGUGACUCCUUGGGAGAAGCUAAAGUGCACAUGUUUUGUUUACAUCUUUUUAGCCAAUAUAGAUUUUGUUAUCACUCUGUAUUAUAUUAGAAUACCAAUGUAAAACAGUGUACAGCUUUCAUACAGAUGAGGUUGAUUUAUACAUGUGGAUAGGCGUUGGAUGCCUGACAGAAUCAGUUUGAAUUUGGAGUCCCACUCUUUUUACUGUUUCCCCUCAUGUGCUUUAUCUUCACGUUACUUCAUGUUUUAUGUUAUUUUGUCCAGUUGUUUUAUAGUCUGAAGGCAUCUUUCUAUUGAAAGUGCCAAAUUUUGCAUUCUCUCUUCUGUAAAACAUGUAUCUAAUUUGUCAAUGCUCCAAAAAAUUUCAAUAAAUGUGUUUUUUUAUAUUUUUAUUUUACCAGCAACUUACAUGAACACAGUAUGCUGUAUCUGUUGCUUGAAUUUUCUAUUUAAGUACCAGUCAAUCUCCUAAAUGUUCGAACAUCGGCCUGUUUAAACAUACAAUGUUGUGAAAUCAAAUGUUACAUUGCCACCCAAUAAAGAAGACACUGGGGA